AUGGAUGAGCCUGAUGGGUUUGCCAUUACCCUGCCUCCUGGGUGGCAGCAGCGGGUGGGCCAGCUGGCUGGAGUCAACAACCGCCUCAGCAACUCUGCCGGCUUGAAGCGCGCCAUAAGUUGGCACCCCGAUGGAAACCUGAACGUGAAUGUCUCCGUGACUGUGUCGCCGCUGGCAGCCGACUUCACCUCCAUCACUUCCUUUGGGCGGCCAGAGGAGUUUGGGCAGGCGCUGGUCAACCAGAUGGACCGCAGCUUCCUCACGCGCGCCGGCGCCCUGGGCAGGGGCGCCAGCAGGCGCGAGCAGACCGCCCAGCUGGUGUCGGCGCGCCAGGCCGGCCCGUCCUACCUCGUCAGCUACACCGUGUCCCCCGUCGAUCUUGCGCCCCGCGCCGUGACGUCUGUCGUGACCCCGGGCAGCCACAAGCGCCGCAGUCGGCUGUACACGCUCAACCUCUCCGCCCCGGCGGAGGAGAGGGAGCGCUGGGAGCCCGUCUUCUCUGGCGUGCUCCAGUCGUUCUCGGUGCCCCGGGCCUGA